GACAGUAGCUGUCAUGAAUUGUCAAACGCGUCAUCCUAAAAGAUUUCUCAAAUAUUUUUCGGGAUGUCUCCUAUAGUAAAACAGUUCAAAAUUAGGUAGUGGCUCCCGAUGAAUUAAAUAUGAACGGCGAGGAUGAUCGUUGGUCUUUGUAUACUGCUUCGCAGCAUUUACCCGCCGUUUUAACGGACCCCAAUAAGGGCAGACAAUCAAACUUUUUCACCAAGACUUGGGGUGAUGGUUUCGUCGAGAAGACGACGAUAGAAAAGAGCCCCUUUCUGCCGGAGAUCACUUGGGCGCAUUUCGAUGCUUACUUGAGGAAAUUCGGGAAGAGGUACAAGAGACAUUCCAGGUUUAAGGAGGUUUCGUUUGAGGGAAAUCACAAUAAAGUUCAAACCCAUACUGUGAACACUGAGGGCAUUCCAGAAAUCUACUUAAGGCAAAAUCUUAAUCUUAAUGACCCCAAAGUAUUUGCUGAGGUAUUCGAGAGCAAAAAAACCGAAAACGAGCUCCAAGAUGAACUCAGCCAUCACUUAGACGUAGUCGAGGAGCAAAUCGCCCAACAAGUUUCCCAAAAAUCCGGCGCCUUCUUCCACGCCAUGACCUCCCACGAUAGUAUUAUGGAAGAAAUGGGAACGGCCUUGCAGGAAGUAAAGGCUCUACGGUCCAAAGUCCAAAGGGUGGACAAGGCCUUCGCCAGGGAUUCUCUAAGACUGAUAGGUUUGGCUAGGGGAAAAGCCAAUUACGUCGCUUUAUUGGACAAGCUGAAAUUAAUGGCGACAGUCCUGCAAACGCAACCCACUCUACAACUGCUCUUGAGCAGUUCGGAUUACGUGGGGGCGUUAGAACUAAUUGCAGGCACCCAGGACGUGUUGGUUAAGGAAUUAGCAGGAGUAACGAGCCUUAGGCACCUUCCGUCUCAACUUAAAGAAAUGCAGAAACUUAUAGAUAAAAUGUUAACGACGGAAUUCGAGCGUUACGCCGCCACUGAUUUGCACAGGCCUAUGGAUUACGAGACCGUAGGGGUAUUAGAACCCGAAAGGUUGGUUAGUUUAGUCGCGGGGCUACUUCGGCAAAGCCAUCUUCAAUUUUUAGAAGUUUACAAACUGGAAGCUAUAACAGCAGCUCAAGCCUUACUGAAGCAACUGAUGAUCGAACAUUUAGCCGAUGCAGAUGAUGAAUUGAACGAAUUGACCGGUUCAGGCGAAAUUGCACCCACAAUGGACGCACCUCACUGGUUAAAGGUCAUACGAGCUGCAAGCGAAGCUUUAACCAAGAUAAUCGAACGAGUAAAAGCAGUCCACAACGUCAUCAAAGACAUAGCCUCGACCAGCGCCGGUCUGUCCCCAUCGAACUCGUCUCUAGCGUCUCCGUCCACGGAGAACUUCCUCUCGCUCGAAGAGCACAAUCGCGUCGAAUUGAAGCUGCGCGACCUGCUGUCGUCCGUCUGCGACUACUGCACGGAGCGCGUGGCCUCGCUGGUCAGCACGCAGUCCGACAAGCAGACGAUCACGGCCGCCCAAGUGGUCGAGCUCUCGAACAUCGUCGAGGGAUUCACGGAGACGUGCGAGCGGACGUGCGGCGGCCGGCAGAGCGCCGCCCUCAAGGCCGCCUUCAAGAUACAAGCGGGCAACUACGUGCACCGGUUCCACGUGCAGCGGAAGAACAAGCUGCAGAUCCUGCUCGACGCCGAAACGUGGAAGGUGGCCGAGGUGCCUUCGGAGAUACAAAUGUUGGUCGAUAAACUAGCGUUAGGAGAGCCGAUUAAAUCGUUGCCUUGUUCGCCUACCGAAGAGGAUAUCACAACGAAUAAAUACAAUGUGAAACCGUCGCCGUAUCUGAGAAUCGGGAAUCAACAAUACUACACCGUAGGGGCCUUGCUAAUUUUUAUCCGUUUAGUCAGCGAAUAUUGCGUUUGUUCCUACGACCUCCAGCUGUUGGCUCCUAUGGUAGCCAAAAAUUUAACGGAUCUACUCAAGACGUUCAAUUCGAGGUCCUGUCAACUAGUGUUAGGCGCUGGUGCUUUACGGACGGCUGGUUUGAAAACGAUAACGUCCACUAACCUGGUGCUAGCGUCGAGGUCGUUGCAGUUCUUAGUGUGGACCAUUCCGUUGCUGAAGGGGCAUUUCAAAUCGUUGACCAACGAGGCUUUGAGCGGGUUCGAUGUGGUAGAGCAAGAUUUGGGCCAUCACAUUCGACAAUUAGAAACCAAAGUAGUGACUAUAAUGAAUACUUUACUAGGCGAUCAGUUGAACGAAUGGGACGCCAAGCCGCCCGUGCCCUCUAAACAGUUUAGGAACAUUUCCAGGCAUUUGACCAAGUUGCACGAGGCUGUUAGCUUGGUACUUCCCCAAGGACAGGUGACUGAUUUGUACGAGGUGAUUCACAAAAAUUUCAAGAACCGCGUGAGGGACCAGCUGAUGAAGAUGAACAUUCAAAAUAACGGCGGGCCGCAGCACGGCGUUGUUACCACUGAAAUAAUGUUUUAUCUCGAAACGAUGAAAACUCUGAGAGUCCUUCCGGAGAAGCAUCUCUCCGAUAGUGCCAUGGACGAUAUAUGGAUUAGAUAAAUUUGUAUUAGUUGUUUAGGAGUUCGUUUUUACGAAGGGACUCGAGGUAUAUUUUCUACGGAACGCGAUUUAGAUUUGUCGUAGUUUUAUCAAAAUUACCGAUACAAAUAACCAAUUAGAAGAUACUUUUAUAUACUAUUCAUAUCUAUUGUAACUUAAAGUGUCUUGUACAAAUCUGCAUGAAGUAUAGCUAGUUAACCGCAGCAGUUCCUAAGACUUUGAGUAAAUAGAAGAUAAAAGCGAUUUCUAACGGUGUGUUCUGUUUUUAACUUGUGAUAUUUUUUCAACCUGUAAAUAUUAGUUUUCCAAAAAUUAAGAGUUUAUAGUCAGAUAAAUAAGGUUGUUGUUUUUGUUUUUAUUUUGUAAUUCUUUGUUGUUUUGUUUAUGGUGAUUUUGCGGGAUAAUAUUAAUAUUACUCUAUUCUCUGUUUAGAAAAAUCCAUAUUUUCAAAUUGCGCUUUAUUCAACACUUGGAAAAUAUUUGUUGAGCUUUGUAAAAAUGAAUUGCCGUCAAUCUGAAUAAUAUGUUAUAAGAUAUGAAAGAAUAGGGGCGUGUUACUUGUGAAUAUCAAUCAGUUGUACAUAAUUUUAACUUAUUUUAUAAAGUUGUUAUAUUAAACAAAAUAAAUCC